UGGUCUCUGCUCCGCCAGCUUCCUUUCAGACAGCCGAGGGAACGGAUGCCGACUGGCAGAGGGAUGUCUCCUCGUGCUGAGCUGUUUCAGAGAACAGUGUGCCACUCGGGUGCUUAGCAAAAGGCGAGUGGGAGAGAGAAGAGGAGGAGGAGGAGGGAAGGAGGAAGAGGAUGCUGGAAAAUUUCACAUCCCUGCCCUUUGGUUCCUAGCUGGCAGCAAUGAUCACCUAGCUCCAGGACUGGGUCUUCUGAGCCGCUGCCCGCUUUCCCAAGCCAGCUGGCCGUGGGCAACCUCCGCUCUCUUCCCGGUCCCAUUUCCUCGAUGGAAGGAGACUUUGGUAGCUCCAAUGGCAGCGCGAUCGGCGACCUCUCUCUGCCCAGCGGCAGCGCUUGGGUGGCUGCCUUCCUCUGCUUCAUCAUCCUCUUGACCAUGCUGGGCAACUCCUCGCUCAUCCUCUUGAUCUUCACCCAGAGGUCCCUGAGGAACACCUCCAACUACUUCCUGGUCUCCCUCUUCAUGUCCGACCUGAUGGUGGGCUCGGUGGUCAUGCCCCCGGCCAUGCUGAACCAGCUCUACGGCCACUGGCUGCUGGACACCGUCUUCUGCUCCGUCUGGUUCUCCUUCGACGUGAUGUGCACCAGCGCCUCCAUUCUCAACCUGUGUGUCAUCAGCCUGGACCGCUACUUGCUCAUCAUCUCUCCGCUCAAGUACAAGCUCCGCAUGACGUCCUGCCGGGCAGUCCUGCUCAUCUUGGCCACCUGGACCUUGGCCGCUCUGGUGUCCUUCUUGCCCAUCAAGAUGGGCUGGCACAAGAUGGAGUUUGAUGCCCGGCCACUCAACGCCACCACCCACCCGGAAGAGGAGCAGUGCCGUCUCCUGGUCAGCCUGCCCUAUGCCCUCAUCGCCUCCGGCCUGACCUUCUUCCUGCCCUCAGUUGCCAUUCUGUUUACCUACUGCCGCAUCCUUCUGGCAGCCAGGAAGCAGGCCCUGCAGGUGGCCUCCCUGACCAACAAUGUGGCCAUCGAACCUGAUGAACCAACGCAACAGGUCCAUCGGGCUCACAGCCAAUCGACCGCCAUAAAUGACAACCGCAAAUUUGCAAACAAGCACAGCAAAAGGGCCUUGAAAGCCAGCCUGACCCUCGGCAUCCUGUUGGGCAUGUUUUUCGUGGCAUGGCUCCCCUUCUUUGUUUGUAACGUGGCACAGGCAGUCUGCAAUUGUAUCUCCACAGACUUCUUCGAUAUCCUCACUUGGCUGGGCUACUGCAACAGCACCAUGAACCCCAUCAUUUACCCGCUCUUCAUGCGGGACUUCAAGAGAGCCAUGGCCAAGUACCUGCCGUGCUGCCGCCGCUCGUGGGAACGCAGGCCCAGCGCCAUCUCCCUCUCCAUCAGGAACUCCAACAGUGGCCCUCGGCCGGGCGUGUCUCUCAAGAAUGUCCUGGCCUUGCAGGGGGACACGGAUUCAGCCGACUCCAUCGCGCAAGCCAAUGAACACAAUGACCAGCGCUUGGGGUUCCUGCCGGGCACGGGAGCCGACUCGGUGAACCUCUUCGACUUGGAGCACACCGACACGGAUCUCCACAUCAACCAGCUGAACACUCCCAUGGACUGAGAGUGGAGUCCAGCGACACUGUUUGGCCACGGCCGACUCUGAUGCGCUCAGUGCUGAAUGUGGGUGAAGCAUCAUCCUGUGGGGCUGGUGGGCAGGAGCUUCACGGACCCUGCGGGAGGAGAUCGAUGCCAGGCAUACACAUAAGGCCGGCCGGCAUAUGCCCUGGGGGUCUCCGUCACAGAGGGGUGCAUGGGGGGCGGGAAGAAGGAUGUCACCUACUCAGCAUCUUCCUCCAGGCAUGCGCAAGCGGACCCCUGGGCUCUUGGUCUUUUGCAUUUGAAAACUAAGGAAUAAAGAAGAGUUUGGAUUUAUACCCUGCUUUCCUCAACUGUACGGAGUCUCUAAGUGGCUUACAAGCUCCUCCCCUCCCCCUCCCCACAGAAGUGGACCCAGGGGGACAGCAAACCUCUCUGAACCCUGUUUAAAAAUGACGUUUUCUUGCUGCCCCAGUUUCCACUUGGGCUCAUCGUGGCGACGCUGCCACGUUUCUGUUACUUGUGGAAUUUUUUUAGCUGGGAUAUCUUUC